UUACCUAGGUAAUUCGUCAUCCCUAGGAAACUAAUACACCUGGAAACUCGGUAAAAUGCAGAUUCUGAUUCAGUAGGGGUAGUCUACUGAGGCUGCAUUUCUAACAAGCUCCCAGAUGAGGGUGAUGCUGCUAGUCAUGGAUCACACUCUGAGGAGCAAGGAGCUAGAUGAUUCUAUCUCAGAGAAAUGUAUGUAGGAAGAGUGCUGUCUUGGUAUGGUAGUUAUGAUUAGGGAUUAAUUUGCUAACUUGGAAGGGUAGACAGAUGCAGAAAGAAUGGCUAUGUUUUUAAUCCUGAAUAUUCAGCUGAACCUGAUCUAUUGACAAAAUACAGGCUUUUGUUUAUUUUAUGUGUCAAACACAAUAUUUGUAUUUAUAUUUAUUUAUGUAAAAUUUAUAAUCUCUAGUAGUGCUGUUGGUUGAUGAUGCCUUUUUUCUUUUUGUAAAGUAUUCCUCUUUUUUUCAGUUUCUUGGCAGUCAUACCAGCUACAUGGAACCAGGAAACCACACAGAGGUUUUAGAAUUUAUUCUCCUUGGACUCUCAGAAGUGGAAGAACUGCAGUCCCUUCUUCUUGGGCUGUUCCUGUCCAUGUACUUGGUCACAUUUAUUGGGAACCUUCUCAUCAUCUUGGCCACCAUCACUAGCUCCCAUCUCCAUACUCCCAUGUACUUUUUCCUUGUCAACUUUUCGUUUGUAGAUGUAUGUUUCACCUCUACCAUUAUCCCAAAGAUGCUGCUGAAUAUCCACACCCGUAACAAAAUCAUCACCUAUCAAGGCUGCCUCACGCAAAUGUAUUUUUUCAUCCUUUUUGCAGAAUUAGAUAUUUUACUCCUUUCUCUAAUGGCUUAUGACCGUUUUUUGGCCAUCUGUCAUCCACUGCACUACACAGUUAUCAUGAAUCCCAGACUCUGUGUCUUGUUGCUGGUGUCGUCCUGGAUAUUGAGUGUUCUGGGCUCUCUGCUACAUGGUUUGUUAGUGUUGCAACUGUCUUUCUGUACUAACUUGGAAAUUCCCCACUUCUUCUGUGAAAUCAAUCAGGUUAUCCAACUUGCCUGUUCUGACACCUUCCUCAGUAUCAUAGAGAUGUAUUUUGCAACUGUGGUAAUAGGCAUUAUUUCCCUCACUGGUAUCAUAUUUUCUUAUUCUCGGAUUGUCUCUUCCAUACUGAGAAUUACAUCAGCAAGGGGAAAGUAUAAGGCAUUUUCUACUUGUGGGUCUCACCUUUCAGUUGUGUCUUUGUUUUAUGGUACAGGCCUUGGGGUCUACCUCAGUUCUGCCACUACCCAAAAUUCCAGGGCCAGUGCAAUAGCUUCAGUGAUGUACACCAUAGUCACACCCAUGCUGAAUCCGUUUAUCUACAGCCUGAGGAACAAGGACAUAAAAGGGGCAUUGAAAAGCCUUGUUGGGAUUGUCACUGUAAAUGAGUGAAAAAAUGUUUGUUCUGGGGCUGGACAAGAAUCCAUGAGUAUCCAGGAACCAGAUUGGCAUUCAGAAAUUCUGAUUUUUUCUUUUGUGCACAUGUCUCUACUUUCCAGCUACACAGGACAUUUUAUGAUUUUACUUCCCUGAAAGUAAUUUCGAACUUUGGAACAGAAGUAAUUUGAGAGUAUCCACUUGUUUCAAGUGGCAAUGGGUAUUUCUACAAAUAUGCUAUCUUCAAGUUCAUUUUCUCUUUCGUGGA